AUGUCCUCGACAGCGUCGAGCAAAGUUUCGUUCACCAUCCGCCGCCCUACGCCCGUCUCGCGCGCAUCGUCUGGAAACGACUCUGACUCUUCGUCAUUCAAGGUACCUGCUCUACCACGGCAUCUCGCGAAUGGGAAUGGCAGCACUCCUGGUAGCCCCCUCGCGCGCAGUGCCCCUGCCUCACCCUCGCCCACUUCACGCGCGCAUGCCGACCGCGAUAGCUCUGAUGAGGAUGAAGGGCUUGACGACGAGCUCGUGACAGGAUUUGACCAGUUUGGGGUCCAGCGGUGUGUCUCUUCAUUGUUUAACCUUCUCAGGCCGGAUUCUCAACUCACAGUAGUCUGGUCUUAUAGUCUGCACGAAAAGAAGAAGGAACCAGAAGGUCCUCUCGUCAUUCCUGCUCUCAAGAACAAAGAUUGGCGCGAAAUGGCACGAAAGAGGAAAGCGCUCUAUGUUCCUCCGAGCGCUGCUGCACAGACAGGCGCGGACGGGAGCGUCGGCGGACUAGGGACAAGAGACAGCAUAAAUUCAGGCCCUCAGCUGUCUGGAUUGCAGGCCGCAAAAAAGAUUAAGCUGGAGGAAGGCGACUCGGUUGAAGUCGAGACUGAGGAACCGGUCGUCACCUUUGAUGCUGUAGCAAAUGUAGUCCCGAAGAAAGAGGAGGAGACUGAGGAUCAGAAGGCUCUUCGAGCUAUUCUAGCUAGCGCUUCCGACGACCCCAUGAGUCUAGACGGCCCACACAUCGAUAUUAUCCCCACACCGAGCGAGGAUGACGCUUAUCGUCAAGACGUCGUCGAGCUGCCUGACUCAGCUUCUCUCGAAGACUACGAACGCAUACCCGUCUCCCAAUUUGGUGCCGCGCUCCUUCGCGGCAUGGGUUGGAAAGAGGGUACUGCUGCAAGCAAGAGGCACAAAGGUCCUAUCGAGCCAUACCUGCCUCAGGCGCGCCCAGCGUUGCUGGGCAUUGGGGCAAAGGAGAAGGAAGUAUUUGACGAUGGAAGCUCUCUUGUGAAGGGGAAGAAGAGUAGGAAGAGCAAGCCGGAUCGCAGGUAUGUACCAGUGGUCAAGAGGGAACGAAAGAGUGGAGAUGGCGGGGAUAGUGGCUCGGGGGAGCGGAGCAGGGAGAGAUCCGGGUCUGCGGUAAGCUCGUCCAAGAGACAUUCGCCGUCUCCCGAGAGGUCGCAUUCCCGACGACAUUCGAGGUCACCAUCAGCGGACAGAAGACGUGAACGCGACCGUGAUAGAUGGAACGACGACAGAGAGGGGAGUAGGGAUAGAGAUCGCGAUAGACAGAGAGAUGUUCGUCGGGACUACCAUGAUUCCUCGUACAAGGAUCACGACAGAGACAGCAGGCGGAGGGACGGAUCGGAUGAUAAAUAUGACUCGGAUCGUCGUCGGGAGAGGGAUCGCAGGGGUCAUUGA